AGCGGCGGCGGCGGCGGCGAGUCGCGGGCUGAGGCGAGGCGAGGCGGGCGCGGGCCUCCGCCAGCUAUGGACUUGGAGGCGUCCGACGAGACGGGCUCCACUGGAGGAGCCGAGGCGGGAGCCGGAGCCGUCACCCCCGAAGCGGGCGGUUGGGGGGCGCCGCCGGACUCGGCGGCAGGAGGAGGGCUGGCUUUGAAGAAGACGGUUCUAACAGAGCCACCAUCGCUGACAGGGCAGCCGGGAGCCAGCCAGGGAAAAAAGAUAGGCCACCGAGGAGUUGACGCAUCAGGGGAAACGACGUACAAGAAGACCACGUCAACCACGCUGAAGGGGGCAAUCCAGCUGGGGAUUGGCUAUACGGUGGGAAACCUGAGCUCCAAGCCUGAGAGGGAUGUUUUGAUGCAAGAUUUCUACGUAGUGGAGAGCAUUUUCUUUCCCAGCGAAGGCAGUAAUCUCACUCCAGCGCACCAUUAUCCUGACUUCAGGUUCAAAACAUAUGCACCCGUCGCUUUCCGCUAUUUUCGAGAACUUUUUGGCAUUCGUCCAGAUGAUUAUUUGUAUUCCUUGUGCAACGAGCCGCUGAUCGAACUCUCCAAUCCUGGGGCCAGUGGCUCCCUCUUCUAUGUCACCAGCGACGAUGAAUUCAUCAUCAAGACUGUGAUGCACAAAGAGGCAGAAUUCCUCCAGAAACUUCUUCCGGGUUAUUAUAUGAACCUGAACCAGAAUCCACGGACGUUGCUGCCAAAGUUCUACGGUCUCUACUGCGUCCAAUCCGGGGGCAAAAACAUCCGUGUGGUGGUGAUGAAUAACAUCCUGCCCCGGGUGGUGAAGAUGCACCUGAAAUACGACCUCAAAGGCUCCACCUACAAACGCCGGGCGUCCAAGAAAGAGAAAGAAAAGUCAAGCCCCACCUACAAAGAUUUGGACUUCAUGCAGGAUAUGCCCGAGGGCAUCAUGCUGGACAUAGACACGUUCAGCGCUCUGGUGAAGACACUGCAGAGGGACUGUUUGGUGCUGGAGAGUUUCAAAAUCAUGGACUACAGCCUGCUCCUUGGGGUGCACAACAUAGACCAGCUGGAACGGGAACGACAGGUUGACGGUGCCCAAAGCAUGUCUGAUGAAAAACGCCCCGUGGGACAGAAGGCUCUCUAUUCCACCGCCAUGGAGUCGAUCCAGGGCGGGGCUGCUCGAGGGGAACCCAUUGACACGGAUGACACAAUGGGGGGAAUUCCAGCAGUGAAUGGCAAAGGAGAGCGUCUGCUACUGCAUGUUGGGAUCAUCGAUAUCCUCCAGUCCUACAGAUUAAUCAAGAAACUGGAGCAUACGUGGAAAGCUCUCGUCCAUGAUGGGGACACGGUGUCAGUCCACAGGCCCAGCUUCUAUGCAGAAAGGUUCUUCAAAUUUAUGACCAAUACGGUGUUCAGGAAAAGCUCUUCCCUGAAAGCAUCUCCCUCAAAGAAAGGACGGAGUGCCUUGUUAGCCGUUAAGCCAUCCGGCCCAAUGGCUGCGUUCUCUGCCAGCCAGAUUCCUUCGGAGAAGGACGAAGUGCAGUAUGACCUCCGGGGAGCCAGGAGUUACCCCACCUUAGAUGACGAAGGCCGGCCCGAUCUUCUUCCCUGCACCCCUCCCUCUUUCGAAGAAGCAACCACCGCCUCUAUAGCAACCACACUCUCUUCCACAUCUCUUUCCGUGCCGGAAAGAUCUCCUUCCGAAUCCUCCGAGCAGCCCAGAUACAGGCGGCGCACACAGUCCUCAGGACACGAAGGAAGGACUCGCGAACAGACCCGAGCGGAAGAUGACCUCCAGCAGAUCACUGUGGAGCUCAAGCCGAAGUGUGAUAUCGAGAUUGUGGUGCCCGAUGUGGCUGCUUCAGGAGAGGCAGCGUCCUUAGCGUGCGCCACCAUGCUGUCGGCGGCAGCGGCGGCGGAGGUCGAGACAGCAAGCCAGGCCUCCGAACCUGCCAGCCAAGCGUCGGAUGAAGAGGAGCUCCCGAUCCCAGAUAUCUAUUUUCCGACAGACGAGAGGAGCUGGGUCUAUUCUCCUCUCCACUAUAACACUCAAAUCCAGUCAGUCUCUGACGAAGAGAGUGAUACAUAACUUCUAUGCAAAACUCCUCGAGAGAAACGUUCCUCCUGACGCCGUUUGCGGCAUUCCCUUUUGAUGUCCCUUGCAGCUUUUCGGAGGGAAAGGCGUGGAAGAAUGUCGUGCAUCAACGUCGGCUGUGCUUCAGCAUCCCAGCGUUACCCGGAAAGACAAAGCGAAACCGCCCCCGAGUCCCAUCUCCUUCCUCCCACCAACCUUUCUCCAAAACGUGUAUAUUAAUACCUCUCCAAGCAGUUACCUACAAACUGAUCUUGGCCCCAGAGACAUCAGAGGUCGGAAGGAAUUCGAUCCUGGGUCGCCACCUCUCUCUCUUUCUCUCUCUCUCUCUCUCUCUCUCUAUUUAUUCCCAAAGUGCACUACUGUAGCUCUCUUAUCUGUAUGUGAUACUGUGAACAUUUUUUUAAAAAAAAUCAUGUAUUUAUUUUGUUUCUCUUUGCACAAACAGCACGCUUGUGCUUUUGUUUUGGUUUUUUUUUCAAAAAUAGUUUUAUUGCACUUUUAGGGUGUUAGGGGAGAACAGAUGUUGUUACAGAUGUUGAUGGCCUUUGGUGAUGGAGAUUAGAAGAAAGAAGCAGCCUUUGAACAGAAGGGGCAGCCGGGCAGGAGAGGCUGGCAGAGCUGUGGAGCUGAUUAUAAGAGUGUCUAUCAAAUGCCAUUUUGGGUUGAUCACUUGGUGGCCCCCACUUCAAUUUCUUAGCAAGAAAAAAAGGCUUCAAUCCCAGCUGGCUCACGAAGAUUUGAAACUUGGAACCUGCCCGAAGCUUCCUUGGUAUCUAUUGGAGUGGGGUUUUUCCUCCCAGUUGAAUGUGCAUCGUCCCUCACGCCCGCCAUCUUUGUUCGAGAAGGUGGCCGAACCCAGCUCUGUUCCAUGCGAAGCUAUGCUUAGCAGCGUCUUCAGGUUGAUUUUACGGCAGCCUCUGGGCAGAGUACUGGAUUUCUGGAAACCUCACAUUGGAGGCUUCUUCCUGGCUUCUCUCCCUGCUGCGCCCAGUGGAGAAGCUGGGUUGACUUAAGCCAUAAGAGGCGCCAAGCUGCGAGGUCCUCAAGAUUGGAGAGAAGCUCCCUGGGAAGGCUGGCAGGGGAUAAAAAGCACGGAGAAGGCCCGUUUAGGAGGUCUUGGCAGCUUUUUAAGAAACUGGGCUCUGUUCUAAGGGCCACGAAGCAGCUCUCACUGAGGAGAGAAGCACCAGAGGACUUGCUUACAGCCCCUCAGGAUCGCACUGUCGUCGUGCAUGUGGCAGGUCUCAAUACGGAGAGGACAAAAAUGAACUCGGUUGUACCCAGAAAAGGCAGCAGAGAAACAUCUAUUCCAUGCGGAAUAAGCUGUUUCCUUUUGGGGAAGCGGCUGGGGGGAAAAAAAUGGCGUCUUCCAGACCCGCAGCUGCUGGAGGACUUCCACAGCUGUAACAGUAUUUUCUUUUUUGGAUGGCACAAAAUGGUCUCUGGUUUGUGGGUGGGUGGGACGUCUCUUAAAUAGCAGCCUUUGGAGAUGCAAGAUAAUCUCAUGAGUGCAGUAUUCAAGGCCAGCCAAGUCACUCUGUCCGCUCCAGCUGAUGAGAGGCCCCAAAGCUGCUUUUUGUGGGGGGUGGGGAGUAUUCAAAUUUAAGUCGGUGCCUCUGUAAAGGCCCUGCUCUUGUAAAACGGAAGAGAGAGCCGAAGGCAGCUUCCAUCUUCCUGGUAAUCCUACUACGAGGUGAGAAACCUGAAAUUCCUGUGAUGUGCAGGUGAUCCCUUCACCUCCUGGAGGUCCAAACCAAGCACCACCUUGAAGUGCCGUCUUCUCAUCGGUUGAAAUUUUCUCCCUAUAAAAGGGGAGAAGAAAGCAGGUUUAAGAAGGCCUUGGGCAAGCAAGGUAAUGGCUAAGUGCUAUCCAGUGUGUGUUAGGUUCUCAUUCCAUGACUGUGAGGAAACUGGGGAGAUCCUUGCUUUCCGUCUAAGUUUUGGGGGUAUCCCCGUGCUGGAACUUCUCGACCUCUCAUUAAACAUUCCAGAACGCAACUGGAAACGACGUUCUUUAAAGUGACACUAUAGUUUUAUGGCAGAUUUUGAGAAAGUUUCUUUAGGCAGCUACAGGUAGAAUGGUUUCUCUCUCAAUGUUGCCCAGUGGACCUCUGGUUCUGGUUCUCUUCGAGUGCCCAAAGUGGCUUGCCUCCUCCUCAACCUUCUUAUUUUCUCUCCUGGCAUUCCGGAUUCCAUUUCCAACCACCGUAAUGUCUUCUCCCCUCUCAAGGUGCCAGUUGUCAGGAUGGCACCUUUCUUUUCAGGCUGAGGUGGCACGGCCCUCAUUCCUCCCCUGCUUGAACUUGCUCCCCGUGCAGGCUAUGGACUCAGGGCAAGCUGCAGGCCAAGCUUUAGUCCUCCUUUGCAGACCAAGCCACAGUGUCUUCCAUCUUUGGAGGAGGUGGGCUGAUCCAUCCGUCAGCAAAGCAGAGAGAAAAACGGCAGCUUUUCCUUUCCCCUACCUGGCACAAGGCACAAUCAAGAGGCCCGUUCUUGUGGAUUUCAAAGAUGGCAUCAAAUCUGGAGCAUCCUGGUCAGGGACGGUCAUUUUGGAGUUGGUUGCUCUUAUGGUUGAAGGAUGGAAAUGGCAUUUGACCCGUUGAUUGGCCAGUUAUUGACGAUGCUUGCAAGAUUCCUUGACGUGCAUUGAUUCCUUUGACUUGGGGAUAUCAAACAGUUGGCUUCGUCUUCUGUGAUUGGCUGGUAGCCUAAAGGUAGGCAGAGUAAGAGAGAUGGCCACCCUCUGCUAAACUCGGCCAUGGAUGAGGUUCCCUUCGUAUAAGUUUGUCAGCUGUGGUUUUCAGCCAAGGUGACCAAGACGCCAUCCUUGGGAAGCAUCUUGUCCACGUCUUCCUCGCCCUGACCCCAGCAAGAAAGGCCGGCUGACAGCUUCCAUCCUCUUCUUCCUCCUCUCGGUUUCUUCAAUGGAGAGAAAAAUCAGCGUUCGGACCACCAGAUACUAUUCUGAAUGACUUUUGUCGAUGUCUACAUUAGACUUCCUGAGUGUGCAUAUAUGCUAUAUAUGUAUAUAUAUAUACAUAUAUAUAUAUACUUACAUAUGUUUUUUUUUUCUUUUUCCUUUUUUUUUUUUGAAAAAGUAUUUUUUUAAAAGAACAUCUCCAUGUUACAUGCUUUAUACACAGAAUGUAUAGGAUUUAAGGAUUGUGUUCAGGGGUGGGUGGGAAAGAGAACAGUUGAGUGAUCUUUUCAUUUUUUCUUUCUUUUUUUUUUUUUGCAAAGAAAGGUGUAUUCCUUGGGUCACAAAAUACUUCUUUGUUGGGGGAAGAAUCUUGGCCUUCAAAAUGUAAAUUGUUGCAUAUUACAAAGUGGUGCAGCUGAAA